AUGGAACUGCUUAUGCUCACUCGUCAACUCAAUUACUUUAGAUUCGAAACUCGGUGGUAUAUGCAAUGUUCAGGAACAUCGAUGGGCGCAGCAAUGGUGCCGAUGUAUGCAAAUGCAUACAUGCAUGUAUUUGAGAAAGAACACAUUCUGCAUCCAUAUACAGAACAGAUCGUACAAUAUGUACGAUUUAUCGAUGAUAUUUUGAUCCUUUGGAAGGGCUCGGCUGCUGAGACUGAACAGUUUGUGAAGAACGUUAACAGUCUACCCAGUCCCAUUAAAAUCACGGCGAAUAUCAGCGAUACAACUGUACAAUAUUUGGAUUUGGAGAUCUUUAUCAAAGACAGCAGAAUUGAGUACCAGCUCUACUCAAAGCCCACGGACAGAAACACCAUACUGCAUUUUAAGAGUGCACACCCUGAACAUAGUAAGAAAUCUCUACCAUAUACCCAAUUCUUAAGAGUGUUUCAGAAUAAUUCCCUUGUUGAACGGGUUGAAAAUCAAGUGGACAGUAUGUAUAACAAAUUCCUCAUGAGGGGAUAUAAUCGGCACAUACUUGAUGCAGCUUUAGAUAAAGCAAGAUUGGAAAUGGCGAACACUAUGAGUAUCCAGCAACAGCCAAAGGCACCAAGACUGACUUUCCCAAUGAAGUUUAAUUCAGCUAGUACUAAACUUGUUCAAGCUGUGAGGGGAAAUUGGAAUAUCCUAACGGGAGAUCCAACUCUGCCCACAGUAUUCUCUCAAAACCCGAUGAUAUGCUACAAGAGGGAGAAAAAUUUGCGAGACUUGUUAGUCCGCACUGAUCCGGAACAGAGUUAUCUGCAGAAUCAGA